CUGAGAAAGUCAUGAUAACAUCUCUUGCCAGUAUGCUUCCGUCCCUUGCUUUCGUUCUCCCACUCACCACCGCCGCGGCGGCUUGGCCCCUCGAGGCUCGGGCCGCACGCACCUCCCCCCCUGCUGGAUGCCUUGCAGUCGGCAGCUCUGCCAAGUACCCGACUGUCCAGUCCGCCGUGAAUGCCCUCAGCAACACGACCACCGCGGCCCAAUGCAUCUUUAUCUACAAGGGCACCUACCAGGAGCAAGUCUACAUUCCGCAGCUCCAGUCCACCCUGACCAUCUACGGUGAAACCAAGGACACUUCCAAGUUCUCGGCCAACACGGUCACCAUCACGCAGGGCAAGAGCCAGGACGACUCGCCCAACAACGACGCCACGGCCACGCUGCGCGCCCACACGACAGACCUCAACGUCUACAACAUCAACCUGGUCAACACGCGCGGCCAGGGCUCGCAGGCGCUGGCCCUCAGCGCCCAAAAGGACAGGCAAGGCUACUACGCCUGUCAGUUCAAGGGCUACCAGGACACCAUCCUGGCCAACGCCGGCGUGCAGGUCUACGCCAAGAGCUACAUUGAGGGCGCCACCGACUUCAUCUUUGGCCAGCGGGCGCGCGCAUGGUUCGACGGCGCCGACAUCCGCGUGUUGGCCGCGUCCACGGGCUGGAUCACAGCCAACGGGCGCGACUCGGAGGCCAACCCGUCCUACUAUGUCAUCAACAAGUCGACGGUUUCGGCCAAGGCCGGGGACACGGUCGCUGCCGGGGCGUACUACCUCGGCCGGCCGUGGCGGAGCUUUUCCCGGGUGGUGUUCCAGAACACGAAGAUGUCGAAUGUGGUUAACCCGGCCGGGUGGGCCAUCUGGAACAAUGGCGACGCGAGGACUGGCAACGUCACGUAUGCCGAGUACAAGAACAGCGGUGAGGGCUCCAAGGGCACCCGGGCGAGCUUCGCGACGAAGCUGUCCUCUGCUGUCAGCAUCUCGGAGAUUCUGGGCAGCGACUACAAGACUUGGGUUGACAGGGCUUACCUGUCUUGAAAUCGUGACACAUGCUAAAUUAAGGUGGUUAGGUGGAAGGACUCAUGGAGGAAAAGUGAAUUUCUGUUGUACAUAGUCAUGAUAAGUCAUCCCCGACAUACUUCCCCAAGCAGGAAUUACUACUCCUGUUUCGUUCCAGCAGUUCCAGCCGGCGAGACAUGAA